CAAACUAUGUGGCACCCCAGGGUUUCCACAGCCCUAAAUCUCAGCGGACCUGAGCCACGUGAUGGGUUUGCUUUGUCAAACAGCUUCGCCUUUGAAAUAAGGGGGAAAAAAAGCUACUGGAUAGACUACUCGUCCAAUAACGAUUUCCCCGUUUGAUUUUCUAUUCUUAAAGCUCUUAAAAUGUGGUUUCCUUUCCUUGUACUUCUUUUUCUCUCGUCUACAAUUGAUUUAUCAAAGCAGGAUGUGAUUGAUAACAUACUUAUGAGUUUAUCCAAGGGAAUCACAUACUUUGAUAUGCAGGGAAGAAACAUCAACCUGGACGGUGUUGUUGGAUACAUAAUACUUCAAGAGCAGCUGCGGGAGGCAACACGAACUUGGCCGCAUUCAGAUUUUCUGAGUCUCUCUCAGCGCGCAGCUGCCGCUUUUAUGCUGAAGAGACUGAACAAGAGCCUUUCCACUGCCGUCCACGCUCUUCAGGAGACAGACCCCAAUUACUUCAAAGAGUUUGAGCCCAUUUUGGACAGCUCCUUUUGGUCCCUGCCUGCAGAAUGGAGCUCCACAGACUCCUCGCUGGUUUAUACCUCAGUGAGGUCUAUGGAGUGCUACGAUGAGCACCUGAGUGACAAGUGCAUGACUCUCCUUCUAGGAACAUGGAAAGACAAUGGAACCCCAUGUAUUGUGACUAAGUCUUGUAGAGACACAAUGACACAGUUUGGAUGUCCACACUAUUCCCUGUCUCACCAGCUACUGUACUUCAUGAUAGGAACAAUGAAAGGGUGCUCCAGAAUGCUCAAAGGGGACCUGAGAUUGUCUCGUGUCAACAUAACUGUAGAACAUUAUAAGAGAAUCUUCUGCUCCAACAUGAUGAAAAGCAACCAGGAUAUUUUCAAGAAUGGUCUUACUGGCCAAAUGCAGGACAUCUUUAUAGAAAACAUGGGAUUCUCAGACUUCUAUAAACUGGACUGGUUGCAGUCUAUCCUAACGUGGCAAGAUCAAGAAGUGGGAUGUUUUGGCAAAGAAGAGGACAUCUCCCAGAUCUUUGAGGAAUUUUUGGAUGCACCCCACAAACGGGUGAAAAGAAGGGAAAAAACACUGACAGAUGGCUGCUCAAGUCAUAUGACAGGAGUUGCUGUGAGCGCAUUGGGAGGUUUUCUCAACUAUUACCUUUCAGAGCAGGACAUAACGAAGAGACCCUUAAUUUAAGGGCCAUGCUUAAUGAGAUCAGGCUUUAGAUGAAUUUGGUAUUUGUUCUUUCCUCUGUGAUCACGUGCUAGAUUUAA